UUACCAAGAUGGCGGAUUGACGUAGCCGUCAGUUUCCGGUCGUGCCUCCCAGAAUGCUUGUGAUGACCUCACAUAAAUGUCGUGUCGCUGUUUGAAUAUUUUGCAGAAAAACAAAACAUUUGAGCAGGUAAGACGGUAACGACCAGGAGACGAAGAGAGACUCGACAUGGCAGAGAGGAUGGCAGAGAUGGAGGAAGACAUUGGUGAUGUGCCAGCCGAAGAGGAUGACAAUGACUCAGACAGAGAUGAAGGUGGCCGGCUGUUCGCUUGGAUGGUAAAUGACGAUAUGGAUGAGGACGAGGAGGAGGAGGAAGAGGAAGAAGACGACGAUGAUGAUGAUGAUGAGGAGGAGGUGGAGGAUGAACAGCUGUUGGACACUGAAGCGUCUGAAUCGUUCGAGUUGGACGCCCCGGCUGAGCGCAGUGGUCAUAUAGCAGUGGUUGACAGAAACAUCAUGUAUGUGUGGGGUGGAUACAAGAAUUCUCAAAACCACGGAUUCUUCGACUUGUAUCUGCCAAGGAAUGAGAUCUGGGCGUACAACAUGGAGUCAGGAGUAUGGACAAAGCUUGUAGCCGGAGGUGGCCUGCACACAUCCAUGUCGGGCAGCUGUGGGGUGUGUGUUGACGGAGUCCUCUACCUAUUUGGAGGUCAUCACGCCAGAGGAAACACAAACAAGAUCUACCGCCUGCCCCUGAGAGCUCCCAGCCUCGUCUGGGAGGAAAUGAAGGAUCUUAAAGGACUUCCUCCAUCUUGCAAAGACAAGCUCGGAUGCUGGGUUCAGAAGAACAGACUUAUAUUCUUUGGGGGCUACGGCUACGCUGCACAAGGACCUCACCUAGGAACUUUCGAAUAUGAUGAAUCCUCUUCACUCGUGUGGGACAGCCCUGGGCGAGGCUGGAACAACCACAUCCAUAUCCUGGACCUGGAGACCUCAACAUGGAGCCAGCCCAUCACCACGGGGAACACCCCGUCACCUAGAGCAGCUCAUGCCUGUGCCACAGUUGGUAACAGAGGCUAUGUGUUUGGAGGACGUUACAAGAACUACAGACUAAAUGAUCUGUAUUACAUUGACCUGGACACAUGGGAAUGGCAUGAGAUGAGUGUUCCCCAGCAGGGCCCUGUGGGCCGGUCUUGGCACUCCUUCACUCCCGUGUCACCAGACCACAUCUUCCUAUUUGGAGGUUUCACCACGAUCAGAGAGACGCUGAGUGACGCUUGGCUGUACUACGUGAGCAAAAAUGAAUGGAAGCCCUUCAAACAUAGUCACAUAGAGAGACCACGGCUGUGGCACACAGCAUGCUCCGGUCCUGAUGGGGAGGUGUUUGUGUUUGGAGGGUGUGCCAACAACCUGUUGUCUAACUACAGAGCUGCGCACAGCAACGAGUUACUAGUUUUCAACGUUCAGCCCAAAUCACUAGUUCGGUUCUGUAUGGAGUCCGUUCUGCAGCACAGGGAGCGUUUGUCUAGUUACUGGGACUGCUUGCCUAAACACCUCCUGCACAGCCUCAAACAAAGAAUGUCACUCGUCAACACACUGGGCUCCUAGGCUGAGAGGAAACCAUCAAUCCAGUCCAGAGGAUUUCAGGAGAAAUAUUUAUGUACGAGAUGAGCAGGUAGUCCUUUUGGAGCAUUAGUUUAAUGUGUGUGGACACAAAAAAUAUCUCUCUAAGCAAUAGUAAACAGCUGUGAAACAGGUCUUGAGUAAGGUUCACAGGCAAUCCUCAAAGCUGUUUAUUACCUUUUCUUACCUGUUUAUUAUCACAUAGGUGGAACUCUUACAAAGCCAGCCAGUAGAACCUUUUAAAGGAGUAGCAGUGCAAGUGAUGCACAGCAUUUGAGAAAACAGGAGCCCCACACUGCCUUUGGGUUAGUUUUUUUUUUUUCUUCUUCUGCUGUCUUGGCUCAACAUAAUUUUUCAGGUGGAUUUCUUUUUAUUAAAGUUCAGGAAGACUGCUCAAAGCAACUCUGUGAGAAAAUGCAUUGUGUUAUUGAGGGGGGAAAAAAAUGUUUGGAGAGUGGGCAGAACUCUGGCUUUGUGAACUCCCUUUCCUCCACAAGAUAAUAGUUUAUUAGUAGGUAUCCUGUAGAUAUACCCAAGAGUCAAGGGCAACGUUCCAGUUCUGUUAAACAAACGCGUACGCCAGUUGUUUGUUGAAAUUCUGUUCUUCCUCAAAUGAAACCUUAAAGAUGUAAAGUGCUAACACUAAAAACAGUGUGAAGGCUUAAACAAAUUUGCUUUAACCAUGCAGAUUUCUUUUUUUUUUGCGGGAGCCUGUUGCUUUAAUGAUUCCUAUGACUAAUGUUUGGCACGAUCUUGAACAGGUGUUUGCGAAUUCUUGGAUAGUUUAAGUUCUCACAGACCUAAAACUAGUGCUUUGUUACGCAAGACUAUCUACUCCGAAGCCACAGAAAUGUUCAUUUUCAGUUUUUAUUUAUACACAUAUAUAAAAGUAAUUUAUAUAUUUGUGAGGAAAUGUGAGGGUUCUUUGUUCAGGCUUUUAAAGCCUUUAAUUGUCAUGAGUGGCUCCUGUAGCAUUUUAAUUUUAUUUAAUCAGUUGACUUAAAAUACUGUGAGUGUAUUGGAUGUUGAGCCACGCUGCACUGAAAUGCCUCAUGUCAGUAGGGCUUUGUUUGUAUUUGCCUGGUUUGCACAAUGUUCCCUUGGUGUUUUUUAUUGUAGAACAAAAUGCAUACUGUUCAUUUGUACUUAAAGAAUAAACAUACCAGAAGAUA